AUGAAGUUGGCUCGCACCCUGGCAGAAGCGGCUUUGACCAUACAGACUAGUAUGUACAGAGGCGAAUUGUACGUCCCGCCCAGCGGCUCGCAAAGAACUGCGAUGCGAUUGAAGACUUAUCUCGUGAGACCAUUCCGCACGGCGGUCGCGCUGCUAGCCCUGGUUGUGACAGGAGCGUUGGCAACUUCUUCCGCGAUCACUCUGCUGGCGGACGACGUUCCCAAAGCGGACAAAGCCACCGCCAAAGACGAAUCGCUUCUGGAUGGCAAAGAUGGCCGCCCCUUGGCGUUGGACCAAUUCCGCCCUCAACCCAUGCUCAAGGUUGAUGAGCAUCAACUAACCGGGGCCAAGUAUCCCUGCGUCGACGUGCAUACUCACCCGAGGCUGAGGUUACUGCAUUCGAAGAAGCGGCUCGAUGAUUUCGUCGAGAUCAUGGAUGAACAGAACAUCGCAGUCUGCGCGAGCCUUGAUGGCAGGGUCGGCGAUGAGUUCAAAGAACAUGCCGAGUACCUGUGGACCGACUAUCCCGACCGGUUUGUGAUCUAUGCGAACAUCGACUGGGUGGGGGGCGGAGACCGCGACGAUCCAGCCACCUGGGAUUGUCAUCGCAGCGACUUCGGGCAUCGCACCGCGCGGCAAUUGGCCGAAGCCAAGCGAAUGGGUGCCAGUGGACUGAAGCUGUUCAAGCAGUUCGGCCUGGGGUAUCGCAACCCCGAUGGUUCAUUGAUUCGCAUCGACGAUCCACGCUGGGAUCCCAUCUGGGAAGCCUGCGGCAAACUGGGACUAGUGGUCAUCAUCCACACAGCCGACCCUGCUGCGUUCUUUCUGCCGAUUGAUGCCAAGAACGAACGCUGGGAAGAAUUGCACCGGCAUCCCGACUGGAGCUUUUACGGCGACGAGUUCCCCUCGCGCGAAGAAUUGCUGGCCGCCAGAAACCGAGUGAUCGAGCGGCAUCCCGAGACGACCUUCAUCGGGGCGCACAUGGCCAACAACCCCGAGAAUCUGGCCGAGGUUGGCCAGUGGCUCGACAAGUACCCCAAUCUCUAUGUCGAGAUCGCCGCUCGCAUCGCGGAGCUAGGUCGCCAGCCCUACACCACGCGGGAAUUCUUUUUGAAGUACCCCGACCGCAUCAUGUUCGGCACAGACGGGCCCCGCGUACGGCUAAGGCUGUUGUACCACUGGCGUUUUUUGGAGACGUUCGACGAGUAUUUCCCGUAUGCCGAGAAUGAUUUCCCGCCCCAGGGUUUGUGGCGCAUCUACGGAAUUGGCUUGCCUGACGAGGUGCUUCGGAAGGUGUACUACGAGAACGCGAUGCGGGUGAUUCCCGGAGUUGCCGAGCGGGUGGAGAACUAUCUCGCCGCUAGGAAGAAGGAUUAA